UAUAUCGAUACUUUUGGCGCCGGCAAAACAGUCUGCGUUGUUUCUCUAGCGCAUUAAGAGGCAAAAUAAAAACAUUGGCAACAAUUAAAAAAAAAUGGCAAGUGAAGAUUUAUUUCCAAAUGAGUUAACGGAGGAGACUGACUUGACACAGGAGUUGCAAGGGAGUGAAGAGUUGAUGGACCACGAAAACGGCAACAACGACGACAACGAUGAUGAUGAGAAAGCGACUGACGAAGAUGGCGCAACAACAAAUGUGGCCAAAAACGGCAACGAGUCAAGCAAAGCAACUACGAACGGUGGCAAGGCAGCUGAACACGAACAUGAAGCCAAAUUGACCCAGUUGCCUAUGGCUCGCAUUCGCAACAUAAUGAAACUCGAUCCAGACCUGCAAAUCGCAUCGAAUGAAGCUGUUUUCGCCGUAACCCGGGCUGUGGAAUUGUUUAUCGAGUCCUUGGCACGCGAGUCCUUCUCGUAUACUGCACAGUCGAAGAAGAAGACUGUGCAGAAAAGAGACGUCGAACUAGCAAUAUCCGCCGUCGAUAGUCUUAUGUUCCUGGAUGGUGCCAUGAAUUUUUAAAUACAAUUCGCUUAUUUUAGUUAUGUGAUAAUAAAGUUAUUU